CCCGAUUCCAACAUCCACAUACCAUCACAAUGGCGCACCAGAUGAUAGACUACGAAGAGGAGAUGAUGAAGCUCUGGGGGCUCGUCAACGAACUUUCUGAACAGCUCGCAAACAACCGCGCGCUGGUCGAGCAACUCAAGUCGCGUGCGGACAACGUCAAGGGCCAGGCGGUGCACGUUGGUGCGGGUUUCCCGCUACGGCGGUUUAACCUCGAUAUAUCGGACGAGGAGUUCCAAACCGAGCUCGAGGCCUUCGCCUCGCAUCUCGUACUAGAAAAUCAGACGUUACAGCAUGAGAACAAGCAGCUCAACACGUUACUUAAAGAGUACGAGCAGACCCUCGAGACGGUGAUGGGCAAGUUCCGCGGCGUUGCUCACUCGAGCCAGCAGCACGACCUCGCGCUGCACUCCUACUACACACAACUGCUACGAAGCUUGCAGACGGCACACAGCGCCGCGCAACUGCACGACGAUACGUCCCUGUCUCUGCUCCUCACGCGACUCUCCACGCUCCUUCGCUCGGCGCUGCGCUCUGCGAAUGGCGAGGACCCGCCACUGGAGGAAGGUGCAUUCGCCGGCCACUCAAGUCCCGGAUCGCCACGCUCCGCCGCUUCAUCUCCCACCCGACCGGGCGCGCGGCCCCCACCGCGUCCUCAGGCAUUCCCCGGCUUCAUCCCUGGCAGCAGUGGAGGAUACUUUGGGACUGAAGGGCAAAGCGACUGGGCUCUAGAGAGGGAGAUGGAGAUUCAGCGGCUUGAAGAGGAGAACCGCGCACUCCGCGAGAUGCUCGGUAUUGCGGAGGAGGCUGCGUCUGCCCCGCUACCAGAGGAAGAGAAGACCUCCCCCGAACUCCCCGAGCGCCGCUUGAGCACACUUACGGCUGAGGACCUAGAAGCGGACGCCGAGAUGGAGCAGCACAGAAGCCGGCAAAACCCCCCGGCAGCACCACAGGAGGCGCAGGGCGUCGAUGCAGGCGUCCUCGGAUUCCGCGCUGAGGCUGCCAGCCCACCGCCCGAGCAGGUAUUUGACGAAACGGAUGGCGAGGCUGUGUAACGACAUCAUGUUUAAUGUGUAACUCUUCUCGCAUGUAUAUUCUACAGUAUG